AUGGAAGACGAACGCACGAACCACGAAUUCCUCGAAGACGAAGCGUCGCGGCCCCGGGCGCGCGUCGUGGUGCUGCACCGCGAUAAUGACACGGCAGGGGGGUGCCAGGUCGAAUUCAACAGCUACGGCAGCCCCUUCCACUUCGACGUCGAGCUGGCGCGGCAGGGGUGCUCCGUGGUCUACCCGGCGGCGCCGCAGACGCGAUCGCGCGGCGCCGGGGCGCCGCUGCUCCGGCCGGCGUCGCCGCCGACGUCGGACGACGACGACGACGCGCCCGCGCGCCCGCCGGCGCUGACCGCCGACACGGAGGCGCUCGCCGCGGCGGCGACGGCCGCGGUCCGGCGCGCCGUCGACGAGGACGGCAUCGCCGCGGACCGCGUCUUCGUCGGCGGCUUCGACGGCGGCGGCGCGGCGGCGCUCGCCGUCGCGUGCCAGCUGGACGUCGCGAUCGGCGGCUACUUUUGCCUCUUCGGCGGGCGCGGCGUCGGCGUCGCGGACUGCCGAGCUCUGCGGGCCGCGGCGCGGGCGGCCCCCGCGGCGCCCGGCGUCGCGGUCAAGUUCGGCCGCGAGCGUGGGACCGCCGACGACGCAAAGAACGACAACAAUGACCUCGCCGAUUCGUUCUCGGCGCGGGGCUUCGCCGUCGAGGCCUGGGACGCGGACCUCGACGUCCAGAACGGCGAGGGCCUCGUCUGGGCCCAGGUCGCGCGCGCCGGCAACUGGGUCACCGCGCAGCUGCCCAAACAGGCGGCGGCCGUCGCGCGGCCGAAGCAGCCGCCCCGCAAGCCGGCGCCCGCGGACCGCGUCGACCGGACGCGCGUGGGCUACGCGCUCGAGACGCUCGGGGCGGGACGGACGCGGGCGAUUUUCACCGUGCCCGACGGCGCCGAGGAGCUUCUGGCCAAGUACCCGAUUUAUUGCAACAACUCGGCCUUCGACGUCAAAGCACGCGGCCCGGGCCGCCUGGCGACCGACUUCGUCAGCCCGACGCCCGAGGCCACCGCGCGCACGAUCGCGGCGCGCCUCACCGCGCGCUUGACGGACCCCGGUGGGACCGGCGCCGAGGAGGCGUGUGUGGUUUCCUAGAGGAGUAGUCAUUUUUUUAUUCAA